AGACAAGUAUAUCUUUUUGACUUGUAAGUUGUACGUUUAAACAUCAAGUGUACUGUUAUAGCUUCCGUCUGCACCGAAUUAAUUGGUUACAGAUACUGGACUAUAAUGCUCAUCAACUCUACAGGGCUUGAGGCCCUCACAUUACCAUGGGAAAUAGAGACGCUCUUUGACCCAUUACCAUGGCAACUGUGGAUGCGGCGGGAAGGGAUGGUUUUGUGGAUCGUCUGCACUGGAUUCUACCUUACCAUGAUUUUCCGUGGCGCCAAAGUUAUGGAGACGCGCGAAAAGCUCAACCUGCGAACGCCAUUGAUAAUUUGGAACUCACUCUUGUCAGUAUUCAGCAUGCUAUCAGCUUGGCGGCUUACAAUUGCUGCAUCGAAUCUAGUGUCAACGGAGGAGAUGUGGAAUUCACUGGUCUGUGGUCCGAACUACUACAAACGCGGAGGUCUUUCUGCAUUCUGGCUGUUGCUGUUCGCCUUCAGCAAAGUGGCAGAGUACGGCGACACUGUCUUCAUAGUCCUCAGGAAAUCAAAACUCAUACUUCUCCACUGGUUGCACCACAUCCUUACAUUUCUAGUCGGCUUUCAUACCUUCGCCUACAGCAACCCCACUCUCUUCAUCUCAGCUCUGAUGAACGUCUAUGUGCACUCGCUCAUGUACUCCUACUAUGUCCUUCGGAUUCUUGGUGUCCAAGUGCCAAAGAAGCUCUCCAUGAUCCUGACAACCAUUCAAAUCAUCCAACUCAUUAUUGGAACCUAUGUCCAGUUCUACGCAGCGUGGAUCUUUUUUCUUGGAGGACAUCCUUGCGAGUUGGACAUGUUCGGAGUGGUAGUUGGCUCUUUCGGGUAUGGCUUCAUUUGUCUGCUUUUUAUUGACUUCUUUGUGAAGUCGUAUAUCGUGAAAGGAACUCGACAAGAGCGAUCUCCACCUAAAGCCGAAUCACGUAAAGAUCGGUAACCUAUACCUUGAGUGACUAAAAACAUAGAACUAUAUAGGAUGAGACCUGGAGAUAGCAACCGGUCUUUUUUUAUAGAGACUCCGAUCCUUUAAAUUACUUUAAAGUCAUGCAGGGUUGUAAAUCAAGUCAUGGCUCGAGUCACCCACCAAU